CCCACUUUCCCCCUCCAUCUUUCCCACAGCCCCCUCCCCACCAUGCAGCUCUUCAUCCGCGCCCAAAGCCUCCACACCAUCGAGGUCUCCUCCUCUGAGACCGUCGCCCAAAUCAAGGAGCGGAUCGCGGCGCUGGAAUCCAUCGCUCCGGAGGACCAAGUGCUGCUCUUUGGCGGGAGCCCAUUGGAGGAUGGAGCCGUGCUGGAGCACAGCGGUGUUCCCGAAUUCUCCACUCUGGAAGUGGCUGCCCGGCUGCUGGGGGGUAAAGUUCAUGGCUCGCUCGCCCGCGCUGGCAAAGUGAGGGGGCAAACCCCAAAGGUGGCCAAACAGGAGAAGAAGAAGAAGAAGACGGGCCGUGCCAAGCGGCGCAUGCAGUACAACCGGCGCUUUGUCAACGUGGUGCCCACCUUUGGCAAGAAGAAGGGCCCCAACGCCAACUCCUAAAGGCAAUAAACGGAGCCCCUGCUGGCCAAUUCGGGGUCUCUGUGGGGGCUUUGUCGACAGUUUGCGGGGUGGAAAGCUUCGGUUUUUAACCCAGACCCGUGGAUUUGGCGCGGAGCGUCGUUGGAGGACCUUUGGAAGCGACUUCACAGGGAGUCCUGAAGGCAAUAAAUUUGAUCCAUCCUGGCAGAAA